UUGUGUUCCCUUUUAACAACGCCCCUGCCAUCACUUGUUGUUGGUUUGUUUGGGGUGAAAACUGUUAUCAAAACGCAAGCAGAUAACAUUUAAUUGCAGCAAAAUGAGCAAAAUGAGCAAAUCCAGCAAUAUCAUGCGGUUGGUGCUACUGCAACUAAAAGGUUCCAAGGACAAGGCUGCCAAUGUCCAAAAUGCCACCAGCAAAAUAGAGGCAGCGGUCAAGGAGUACAGACCUAGAUUGAUCACCUUGCCUGAGUGCUUCAACGCCCCCUACGGCACCAAGUACUUCCGGGAGUACUCCGAGAGCAUCCCCGAUGGCUACACCUCCCAGCAUCUCUCCAGUCUGGCCAAGAAGCACCAGAUCUACAUCGUCGGUGGAACUAUUCCGGAACUGGGCGAGAAUGAUGCCAUCUACAACACCUGUACGGUCUGGUCACCCACUGGUGAACUGGUGGCUAAGCACCGCAAGAUGCAUCUCUUUGAUGUUGAUGUCAAGGGCGGCAUUCGCUUCAAGGAGUCGGAAACCCUUUCCGCAGGCAAUGACUUCACCAUCAUCGACAUAGAUGGCCACAGGAUCGGCAUCGGCAUCUGCUACGACAUCCGAUUUGAGGAGAUGGCCAGGCUCUAUCGCAAUGCAGGCUGCGAGAUGAUCAUCUAUCCAGCUGCUUUCAACAUGACCACGGGUCCACUUCACUGGGAGCUCCUCCAGCGAGCUCGUGCCAAUGACAACCAGCUGUUUGUGGUCACCACCUCUCCAGCCAGAGAUCCAAGCGCCGAGUAUGUGGCUUUUGGCCAUUCCAUGGUGGUGGAUCCCUGGUCCAAGGUGCAGCAAACUGCCCGCACAGGCGAGGAAACUGUGGUGGCCGAUAUCGACUUUUCCCUGGUGGAGCAAGUGCGCCAGCAAAUACCCGUCUUUGCCCAACGUCGCCUGGAUCUGUAUGCCACCGAAUGGAAGACCAAGUAAAGGACAGGGAUAUCUAACUCAUCGAGAAUCUUUGGUUUUAACCACAAAAAUAAUGUUAUGUUUGCAUUUAUGUUUGCCGAUUGUAUAUAAAAUUUAUUAGACCUAAACACA